AUGGAAAACUCAGUUUAAAAAAGAGAAGUGCUUAGAAAUUACCUAGCAGGAAGUGUCAUAAAUGGCAAUAACUCCCCUCGAUUAAAUGAUCAAAAGUAGGCAGUGCCUAUAUCAUACAGAUAGAACUUGGAUUACAAUCUUCCAUCUGAUCUAUUUAAAGAGAGAUAAAAGCAGUUAAAGUUACAAAGCUUUAUGUUUGCUUCAAAGAUUAACAUGAAAUAAAAUUAAACUCCAGUAAAUAGAAGACCCUAAAUAGAUACUAGCGUUCAAGACUCUAAUUUCGACAGUACUAUAAAGUCAAAGUUGAAUAGUUCAGUUCAGAGAAGUCCGAAUGAGAGAGGAAUAGGUAGAAUGAGUCCACUUGCUGCAAUUAAGCAACAGUUUUACUUGGACAUUUAGGAUUUGAAGAAUCAGUGUAAGAAUAACUACUAUGUAAAGGAUAAAGAUGAAAAACUUAGAAUAUUUGAGAAGAUGCAAGAUCCCAAUUAGAGUAAUCCAAAUCUAGAUAUCAAUCAGCAUUAUGAACAGCGAUACUACCCUUUGGAUUUAGAGAGAGAUUUUAAUAGCAAAAAUAAGAUCAGUGUGAUUGAUUAGGAAAGAAGAUAAGAAAUUUAGAAACUCAAAGAAUUAGAAAGCAAGUUCGAUGGAGAAGAUAGGGAUUUCUAAAAGUCACUGGAGAGACAAUUUAAUAAACAAGCUCAAAGACUUAAUGAUGAAUCAGAGUAUAAGUAUUUGAGAGAUGCAAAUAGCGGGUUCUAUAGAUAAAGAAAGUUUUCAGAUGAUAAACACAGAGAUAUGAUUAGUAAGUAUAUAAAAGAUGAUAAGGUUUAAGCUACUACUGCUAAAAUUGCUAACUAGUUUAGAAGUGGUGGACCAACUUCUCCUAAAGAUAGCUAAUUAAGUAGUACUCACCAAUCAUUAUUCUAAAAAAUUCCAGCCAGAGUUGUAUCAACAACUGAUCAUCCAUCUCGACUUAAUACAUACUAAAGCGAGUUUGAAUCUUCUACUAAACAGCAUAAACCUGUUGUAUUUAACUUUGCAAAGUUUCCAGUAGAGAAUUCCACUUAUAUAAGGAGUGAUUUCUAAGCAAAAAGAGAAAUAAGGGAUAAAAUUCUUUAAUAUAAAAAUUCUGCAGCAUAAAAAAUGGAUACAUUGAAUAUGAGUAUGCCUUUAAUAUGGAAGUAAUAAGAGGAGACUAAGAAAAUGAUUGAAAGAAUCAAAGAAUAAACUCAGUCAAGAAAGAAUCAUAGAUAGUUAAGUCUCCCUAAAUCAGUCUAAGUAUCUCCGAGGAGAGUUUGA